AUGGGCAUCCUCACCAGUGGGAGUGGAACCAAAGUCGCCUGGAUCGGAACCAUCUACCAUAUUCUCAUCAAUGUUUUCAGCACGGCUCUACUCUCUGCAAGCAACUAUUGCAUGCAGGUUGUCACAGGACCUACAAGGGAUCAGGCAGAUGCGGCGCACGUUGGAGGGGGAUUUGUCGACAUUGGCGUUCUAAGCCUUCACAAUCUUCAAGACGUGGGUGUUUUGAGACAGACACUGUUCGGGACGCUCGCCAUCAGCUCGCCACCUCUCCAUCUAUUCUACAAUUCAGCAGUGUCUGAGGUCUUGGGUGGCCGAGCCUUCACAGUAACGACUCUCGCAUAUUCCGGUCUGGACACAUUUCACGCCAACCACGACAACAGCACCUAUCGAAUUCUCUCCAACGAGCAGUGGGCCGCAGCCUACAGCACAAACCGCGUUACCCGGUGGGGUAACCUCUACCUUUUCGUCGAUGCCUACUCUUUCGGCGUCUAUUACAGUUUGGAGACUGGCACGAUGUUGCUCGAACAAGUAUUCAAUAUGCCAGACAGCGGCUUCGGUCAAAGUAAUCAACUGAUUAUGCUACUGACGAACGAUACUCACAACGUGUUGCUGUUUCCGGACGUAUCUCUGCCCAAACCAUUCGCGCCAGACCACCAAGAUGUGCCGGGUUUCUCGCAGUCGGCCACGUACACUAUAGCGGACGCGGGUUGGCUCUACUAUGACGCCGUGGCUGGGCACGUCCAGACUGCCAGGGCAGAAUACGUCUCCGACUCGAGCAAAGUCGAGAUUUCCCUUUCUUUAUGGGGAUUGUGGUGUUUUGCAACGCCGCUAAGGUUGGCGUUAUGGGCGUGCUUUUGA